AAUGAUGAGAUUGUUGUCUAGUUUCAGAGAUUCCGGUCCUAGUUGAUUUGCUUAUGGUUAGAUGCUGUGGUUUGCUGUUCUUUAUGCUCUUAAUUGAUAUUCUUGUUUUUGCUUACAUUGAUCGGUUUUAUAUGCUGUCCUCAUAUUCUCACCUGAUGUAUUCUGAAUUGCAACUUAUCAGAUGCUUGUGGUAACACUCUAAAGCAAGCUUUUGUGUGGUUUUGAUGGUUUCUCAUUCUCUAUUAGGGAAAAAUGGGGGUGAUUAACAUCUAUUGUUUGAUUUGUUUUUUAAAUGGAAAACGUGAAAGAAAGUGUUGAUAAAUCAAAAAGAAGAAAUAUACUUAUAUGACAAAUGUCUUAAUAUAUUUGGUUAGGACUUAGGAUUAGUGUAAUUAGAAAAUAAACAAAAAAAAAAAAUUAGAGAAAAAAGGAAAACUUUUUGUUCGAUUUCGAUCUCCGCUUUGUUUAAUUAAGAAAAAGGAAAAAAGGAAAAAAACGCCGACAACAGUAAACAACCAAGUUCUCUCACAAAAACUUGUUCGCAAGUUUUCACCUAUCAGCCCUAACCCCAUCGUGUCCCUCUCCCUCUCGCGACCGCCUCAAUCAAAUUCUCUUUCUUUGGAUCGCUCUCGCUCUAUCUCUCUCUCGCUACGUCUCUGUUACCUCGUGUUCGUGAUCCGUAGCCGUCUCCGCUGCCACCUCAAUCAGCGAGCUUCUUCCGGUGGAAUUAUCUUCAGAUAGCAAUCGGAGAUUCUAAUUGGGUAUCUGGGUUGGAUUGGGUUCCACAAUUCUGUUCGGUGGUCCUGUUUCGCGUUCAAAAUUAGGGUUUAUAGAGGUCUCGCCUAUGGCUCCUGGGCGUAAAAGAGGAGCGAGCAAGACCAAGGCCAAGGGGCAGUUGAUUCUCGGUGAUCUGGUUCUCGCCAAAGUCAAAGGCUUCCCUGCUUGGCCUGCUAAGAUCAGCCGGGCUGAAGAUUGGAAUCGUGCGCCAGACCCAAAGAAGUACUUUGUUCAGUUCUUUGGAACAGAGGAAAUAGCUUUUGUUGCGCCGCCUGAUAUUCAAGCCUUUACUAGUGAGGCAAAGAGCAAACUGUUAGCAAGAUGUCAAGGUAAAACAGUCAAGUACUUUGCACAAGCUGUACAGGAUAUCUGCACUGCUUUUGAAGCGUUGCAGAAUCACAAGUCAAAUAUUUUGGGCAAUGAGGAUCCUCUGGAUGCUGCUGAGCCUAGUUUGAGAAAAGCUGAGAAAGUGGAUCGAACAGAUCAUAUAUACACAGAGUCUGAUGGAACUGAUAACGUUGAUACUAGGGUGGAUCCUUGCCUCCCCAAAGUAGAUAAGAAUAAUGGUAAAGACACAAAGGCUGAGAAAGGGAAGCGUGAUUCAUCGUCAUUUCUGGAAUCAAAGAUCACAACCACAUCCUCUGGUAGCGAGUCACCGCAGCAUGGUUCGGAUGACCCUAAAAUAAAGGACGAAGAUUUUGAUAAAGGAACUGACACUAAUGCUUGCGUUGAACAAUUUGGUAAUGGCCAAAAGAAGCUGGCCAAUGGUAGGAAAAUUAAGAAGGUAGCAGAUGGCUCUGAUAGAAAAGAUGAAGAUACAGUUCACAGGGACAAAAGCAAUAACUCACAUGUACCUGGUGGUCGAGCUGCCAGUGGUAACUCUGAUUCCAAAAAGUUCAAAGGUCUGUUGACAGAGAAAUCUAGCUCCAAAGUGUCUGCUGGCAAGAAUGAAAAUUCACCUGGCUUCAAGGGUGGGGUUUCUGGAAAGAAAAGAAGGCUUGAAACUGAACUAGGAAAGCCUGCACUAAGAGUAGAUGAAACCUCACGUGCUGCUAAAAAGCCGCGAGGUGAAAGUGCGAAUGAUAAAGUAAAGUGUGAAAUUGAUGAUGAAUCUGAUUCUAUCGGGAUUGUAUCAGAUAUCAAGCGUGAACUUGUUUUAGGAUUAAGUGCUAGCGGUAGUAAUUUACAAUUUGAUAAAGAAGUAGUUGCAUAUACAAAGCGCCAGAGACAAACAAUGGAGAAGGCUACCUCUCCUUUAUCUGGCUCUCGUGAUAAAUCUGGGAAAGGUCAUCUGGAACAGAAAGACCGUUCCUCCCCUGUUAGUAAUGUUAAGGCUCCAGCUGCCCAGUCGCUGAAAAAACGGAGGGCUGUUUGUAUCUAUGAUGAAGACGAUGAUGAAGAUCCAAAAACCCCGUUACAUGGAAGACCAGCUAUUGUUCCAAAAACAUCAUCAGUCUUGACUGAAAGUCAUAAAAGUGCUAAUGUCUGUCAUGGUACUUCUACUAAAGCUAAGAUAUCUGCUGGAUCUACAGAGAGUACUGAACUAAGGAAAUUCCCUCUGCGUAAACAUUGUGAGGAUGCACCACGUAUAUUACCAGGCCAUGCGGAGAAUUCUACUAACAGCUUACCCGUGGUAAAACCCAUCAGUGAGUUGCAGCCGAAGGAUGUCAAGCAGAAAUUGCUAUCUCCGAAGAUGUCCCCUCAGCUGGUUUUAACUAACAAGCACAUUGCAGGACAACAAAAAGUUGCAAACUCAUCUGUGAAGGUUUCUGCUGUUGUGAUGGCAAAGAAGCCUCAAAGAGAAUCUUUUAAGGAGGCAGUUACAGGAUCUGAUAAAGUAAGCUCUUCUCAGUCUCAGCCAGCAAAUCAGAGACACAAAUCAGCUUCAGUUGGAGAGAGGGGAACAGUGGUUUCAAAAGCUACAGUACGUUUGAAUGAUGCUGGUGUUUCAAGAGACAUGUCUGAGGACUUGUCUGGUGGCAUGCUUGAUUUUAAUCAAGAAAAGUGGAAUGCUCCAUUUACCAGUGCAAAGACCCCAGAUUCGGCUGCAUCUAUGAAGGAUUUAAUUGCAGCUGCACAGGCAAAAAGAAAACAGGCACAUUCACAAAAUUCAAUGUUUGGGAAUUUGAACCCUAGUUUCUUAGGCAUCAGUGAUACACAGAUGAGGAGCCAUAGCCCAUUGGAUCAGAAUGUUUCCGCUUCUGCUGCCAUCGCAAUGCCGUUUGUUGUUCAAGGACAUCAACAAGAUUCUUCUCCGUCAAAUCAUGGGCAGAAGUCCUCGUCAAAAAAUCAGAUUGAGACUGAUGAUAAUGAAGAGAGAAGACAUAGUUCAGGACAUAAGUCAGUUGGAGGUUCACUUAGUGGUGGCACUGAGGCUGCUGUUUCUCGGGAUGCUUUUGAAGGCAUGAUAGAGACCUUAUCAAGAACUAGGGAAAGUAUUGGACGUGCAACUCGCCUAGCAAUUGAUUGUGCCAAAUAUGGGCUUGCUAGUGAGGUGGUGGAACUUCUCAUACGAAAGUUGGAAAGUGAAUCUCACUUUCAUCGUAAAGUGGACUUGUUCUUUCUCGUUGACUCUAUCACCCAGCAUUCGCACAACCAAAAAGGUAUUGCUGGUGCGUCUUACGUUCCUACUGUGCAAGCUGCUUUGCCACGUCUUUUACGUGCCGCUGCUCCUCCAGGGACUGGUGCUAGUGAUAAUCGUCGUAAAUGUCUGAAGGUUCUGAAGUUGUGGCUUGAAAGGAAGGUUUUCCCCGAAUCGCUUCUGCGUCGUUAUAUUGAUGAUAUUAGAGCUUCUGGUGAUGAUGCAACGGUUGGGUUUUCCCUACGACGUCCUUCUAGAUCUGAGCGUGCUGUAGAUGAUCCUCUCAGGGAAAUGGAAGGGAUGCUUGUUGAUGAGUAUGGCAGCAAUGCAACGUUUCAUCUACCUGGAUUUUUUUCUUCUCAUAAUUUUGAAGAUGAUGAAGAAGAUGACGAUCUUCCAACAGAACAAAAAGCAAAAAGCACAUCGGCUGUGGAACGUUUCAAUGCUUUAGACUACUUGGAAGUACAUGAUACUUUGAGUGAUAAAUGCCAUCGAGUUUUGGAGGAUGUAGAUCGUGAACUUGAAAUGGAAGAUGUAUCUGGUCAGUGGAAAGAUGUAGCACCUUCCUCUUUUUGUGAGAAUGAGACAAAGGAGCAGUCACUGGAUGUUAUGGAACCAGUUGCAGAGAAAUCCACUGAGGUACCUCCUCUUCCAGAGGAUCUUGCUCCGUUACCUCAUGAAUCACCUCCAUCUCCCCCUCCUCUACCACCUUCUCCCCCACCUCCAUCACCGCCUCUUCCGCCUGCAUCUCCACCUCCAUUACUGCCGCCACCACCUCCUGCAGCGCAGUUUCCUCCUCUUCCCCCACCUCCGUCUCAGCCUCCACCACCGCCCUUUUCACCUCCACCUUCACCUCCGCCUCCGCCUCCACUUCCACCGCCUUCACAAUCUAUAGCUUUACCACCAUCAAUAACAACUCAACCAUCCUUAGGUAGCCAUCAUCAAUUACCACUCCAACCAGGAUUUCCUCCCCCAUCAUAUCCAUUAUCACAUCAAACAUACCGAGGAUCUAUGCAGCAAGACCGCUGUAGCAUUUUCACUGGUGAUCAAAUUGUCCAAGGGCCAGGAAGUUCUUCACGUGUAAGUCAUGUUGAGGGGGCUGGACAAACCGACUUUUUUGUGCAGCAGUCAUCUAGUUUUUCACCAGCAGGAGUGUGCAGUUCCAGAGAACCCUCAUCAUUUACUACCUCCAGGCAACUAGAAUUUGGGAGCAGCGAUGUACUUUUUAAUCCUGAAGUUUCCUCACAGAAUCAACGGUUUCAGCCAAGCAACCCUCUGUCCCAAAGACCUAUGGUUAGGCUGCCUUCAGCACCGUCCAGUCAUUUUUCGUAUCCAAGCCAUGUUCAAUCACAACCCCAGCAUUCCUACACUCAUCCAUACUCGUUCCCACCUCAACAUGAUGAUGGACGGCGAUACAGAAAUGAGGAACCAUGGCGGAUGCCUUCAAGUGGACAUCAUGCAGAAAGUCAGAGUGGUGCCUGGAGACAUGGAAGAAAUUCACAUCCAGGCCUUCCUAGAGUUACAGACAAUUUCUUCCGGCCAGCUCCAGAACGUCCACCUUCAGUGACAAUGAGCUAUCAGCCUUCUGCUACUAGUAACUUACAAGCUCCCCCUGCAAUGCCAGGUCAUGCUGCUUCCCAAAUGCUACCAUCUCGGCCAGACAUGCCUACUGCGAAUUGUUGGAGGCCAGCUUGAAGUGAAGGUAGAAUUUUUUGGCCUGCUCCUGCUGUUAGUAUCAAUGGAAACGAAGCUGCUAGUGUCUCAUUAACAAGGUUAAUCCUCUAGGUUUGAUUUUCUAAAUACUUAAGUAAGUCUUUUAUUCAGUGUUGUCAUCAAACAGUUACAGUUAUACUACUUUCUCUUCCGUGGAGUACUUUUUCGGAUAUAUCCACUUCCAGAGGCAUCAAAAACUUCUGCAGACUUUUGCCAGGAUUCUGUAUAUUGUAUUUUUUUCCUGACAAUUGUAUCUGUGGAUCACAUUCUUCACAGUAUAGGUUCUUGUUUUUUAAUUGUUUAGUACUUCUGUUCUGCAGAUCAUGUAAUUAUGCCAAUCACAAUGUGCUCAAAAUCUUUUCCUGGUUAAAUGAAAUUUGAACUUUAUAGUCAAAGACAGUUCGUUUAAUCCAUUUUCUAAGCUCUAUAAUCUUUGCCGGUCUCUGAGAAAUUUAAAGAGUACGCUGUUACGAGUGUAUGUUACUAGUUAGGCAGACUUAGGUGGCAAGAAUAUAUAGUCUAGACUAGAGACCGCUUACUCGUGUCUUGUUGUUUGAAUGAGUAACUUAGGUUUAUAUACAUGGUAGGUCCUAUUCUAGGCCUCGGUAUAACCACUUGCUCAAUUUCGUUAUUUUUUUUUCUCAUGUCUCUCUCUUCUGGAGAUAAGCCAUGCCUCGCUGCCUUGUAUUUUUUAGCAGGAACAAGAAGCAUUAAUUUCUUUACAACUGUGACUCCCGUUCAUUUUACAGUUGCUGUCUUGUGCAUUCUGAAGAAGUAUCGAAGACUUGUGAGCUGAUGGUCAAGUGUACUUUGUCCCUUUUGGUGUGUACGUUUUACCAGAUCAAACUGCUAUGAAUGGCCUUUGGUACAGAGCUCAACCACCUGAAUUGCUGGCAAUCGCCGUGCUAGCAACCGUGUGCAAAAAAAAAGAAAGAUGGAUUACACACAAGGCUGUCCUGAUUGGAUUUUGCAAAAGCAUGACGUAUUCGGGAACCAACAAGGCUUUAGAUGAUUGAGAUCUUCAUUAUCGAUUCAGUUUCUAAAGUUUGUAGGUUAGUUACACUGUCAACUUCUUAAGUGGGUAGAGAACAUAACUUAAGGUCAGAUCAAUUAGCCCCUGAAAACAUAGUUUUUGUGAAUGUUUAUAUAUCAUCGUUUGCUUACGGCAGAAAUGCUGUCUUACCAUAUAAGAUUUAUUGAAAAAUGUGUUACUUUCUGUCUGA